CAGAACUCUUAGUUUUUUUUAAAUAAAGCUUUAUGUAUGACUAAAUGCUUUUUUCUAAAUUAAAUAAACCACUCCUUGGGUGGUUGUGGCCCCACGUUUGGUAAAGUUGGAAAGAUAUUCACAGAUUCAGACUUCCAGCAUCAAUAACUUUUUAGAUAUAGGUUUUAAAACAUAAACGAUGCCUCUUUCCCAUCGUUGUAAGGCAGACAAUGUGCUACAAGCCCAGUUUUAUCUAAAGCAGCUGUCUUUCAAGCUGCAGAAAUAGCACGGGUGUCUAUGGAGGGAACAGGAACCGUCUGCAACAGCAGAGACAAAUAUAUUCAAUAACUUCACUCUGAUACGUUGUAGUGUCACCAGAAUCACUGCAGCCUUCAACUGGCUGCUGCUGACAAAGUGUUUUAACAGAAGUGUAAAUGCUGUAAUGUGGUUCUUUUAACAAACAUGUAACUUGGAUGGAUGGAUGCUGGUGUGACCACAGUGACACGUCUGAUGGUGCUCACAGUGGUCCAAGGGAACGCUCAGGGAGUUUGUGUGUUUGCUCAGACUCAUGAAAAAUUAGAGGGAACACUGCAUAGAAUGAUAUUUCUACGUACGCGGCUGUUUCCACCACACAUUAUUACACAACUAGCAGUUCAUCUGUCCUCAACUGGUCCUGGCAGGAAUUCAAUCAAAGAGCAGAUUCUGAAGAAGAGGGUAGUAAAUCAGAAAGCUGAUAAGGAUGAUUGUCGAGGGAAAAUUUCACAAACAUUUCUGCAGAAAACCGCGGUCACACCCGAUGAUUUCACAACCCACAGCAGCAUGUGUGUCUCCUAUAUAAAGGCAGCAGACUGUGAGUUAGAACAGCAGCAUUCAUCCACCAGGUGACUUCAUCCAGCCAACCACUGUCUGCAGAUACGAAGACAACAUGUCCAAGUACAUCACCGACCUCGAAGUGUCUCUGAAUGAGACUGAUGAGAGUCAGCUCCGUGCUCAAGGCUUCAGCAAAAUUAAUGUAGAUCUGAACAAAGGAGCUGGAGGGAAAAACAUCUACCUCUGGUACAAGAGAGGUAGCUGUGGAGCCAUCACCAGGAUCCAGUUGUCCUUCACUGAGGCCAUGAGUGAGGGCCUGAACAAGGUAGGGUACCAGAAGAUCAACAAAAACCUCAACACCGGAGCAGGAGGGAACCACAUCUAUCUGUGGUUCUCCAAAGGUUCCUCAGAGUACCAUGUUCCCAUCGUGGACCUGGACGUCUCUGUCACCGAUGAAGCCCAGAAGUUUAAGUUCGGCUGGGACAGGCUGGCCUGUGAUCUGAACCGGGGGGUUGGAGGAUGUUGGGUCUUCCUGUGGGUGAAGAGAGAGAAUCCAACCUACAUCUGUGACCUUGCUGCCACUGCCGACUUCCAGGGAGACGCCGACUACUUCAACAAUGGCUACAUCCGAAUCGAUGAAACCACCAACAGAGGAGCAGGAGGGGCCUACGUCUUCAUCUGGUACCGUCAGACCACCAAGAAGGAGGGGGCCAUCAAAGACCUGCAGGUCUCCACCAAUGAUGCUGAGUACGAGCGCUUCCAGAAUGGCAAGUAUAAUCCAGUGAACAUGGAUCUGAACCAGGGGACCGGAGGAAACCCGGUGUUCCUGUGGUACAAGAAAGACGACUGCAGCAGCGGCCCCAUCAAGGACGUCACUCUGGUGGUCAACAGACAGGAUGUCUGUCCAUUUGAGGCUGCUGGUGUCCAGGUCAUCGACAAAAACCUCAACGAUGGAAACUGCUGUGCACCUGAGCUGUUCCUGUGUUACUACUGCUGAAGUCACCAUGACGACAGAGCUGAGCAUGCUCACUGAGCACAAACCAAAGAAUCCAAAAUAUCUCUGUUGAAUCUCUAAGUUUUUCUCCUGUGAUGAAACCAUGAAAUGUGUUCAAUCACUGUGAUCUCACAAGUUUUAUCCCUCAAACAUGUAGAAUCAGUCAACCUGUGUGUUCUUCAUUGAUUCUGUUUCUCUUCAUUCUGACUUUCUCUGAUUCAAUAAAGUCUCAUCUGCAUCUCAAA